AUGCCUAUUCCAGCUCCCCACGGUGGUAAAUUACAAGACUUGGUCAUUCGUGACAGUUCUAUCAGAUCCGAUUUGUUCAAAGAAAUCGCUGAUAAGAAAUAUAAGACCUUAACUUUAAGUCCAAGACAGUUAUGUGACUUGGAACUUAUCUUGAACGGUGGUUUCUCUCCAUUGACUGGAUUCUUGAAUGAAGAAGAUUAUAACAGCGUUGUCCACGACAUGAGAUUAUCGAGCGUCAAGAAUGAAAAAAAUGGUAAAGGCUUGUUAUGGUCAAUGCCUAUCACUUUAGAUGUUGGUCAGGAAUUUGCUGGCAAACUCUCGAAAGGUGAAAAAAUUGUGUUAAAGGAUUUAAGAGAUGAAAAGCCUUUAGCUUUGUUGACUGUUGAAACUGUUUACAAGCCAAAUAAGCAAACCGAGGCUGAAAAGGUUUUCAGAGGAGACCCUGAACAUCCUGCUAUUAAGUACUUAUUUGAAACUGCCCAAGAAUUCUAUGUUGGUGGUUCUAUCCAAGGGUUAGAUUAUCCAACCCAUUACGAUUACAUUCCAUUCCGUAAAACUCCAACUGAAUUAAGAGAAGAAUUCUCAAAGUUAGGAUGGGACCAACAAAAGGUUGUUGCUUUCCAAACUAGAAACCCAAUGCACAGGGCCCACAGAGAAUUAACUGUUCGUGCUGCCAAUGACCUUGGUAGUGAUGGACAUAUUUUAAUUCAUCCAGUUGUUGGUUUAACAAAGCCUGGUGACAUUGACCAUCAUACUAGAGUUAGGGUUUACCAGCAAAUCUUGAAGAAAUAUCCAGAUGGUUUAGCCACCUUAUCCUUGUUGCCAUUGGCUAUGAGAAUGGGUGGUGAUCGUGAAGCUAUGUGGCAUAGUUUAAUUCGUAUGAACUAUGGUGUCGAUCACUUUAUUGUCGGUAGAGACCACGCUGGUCCUGGUUCCAACUCUAAGGGUGUUGACUUCUAUGGUCCAUAUGACGCGCAAGAAUUAUUAGCCAAAUAUAAGGAUGAAUUAGAACCAAAAAUCAAGGUUGUUCCCUUUAGAAUGGUCACUUAUUUACCUGAUGAAGAUAGAUAUGCUCCAAUUGAUACAAUUGACACUUCUAAAGUAAAUACUGCUAACAUUUCUGGAACUGAAUUAAGACAACGUUUAAGAGAUGGUACCGAGAUCCCAGGCUGGUUCUCUUAUCCUGAAGUUGUGAAAGUCUUAAGAGAAAGUAACCCUCCAAGAUCUAAACAGGGUUUCGCUAUUGUUAUUGAUUCGUCUGAUUCGAAACAAGGUGAAUACUUAUCUUUCGCGUUACAAUCUACCUUGAACCAAUUUUCAGGUGAGCGUCGUAUCACUAAGUUAUCUAGUGAACAAGCUACUCCUUUCAUCGUUAAUGAAUUAGUUAAAUCUGGAUCUGGUGUUAUAGUACCAACCAAAUCAAACCAAUCUGAUAUUAUCAAGGCGGUCGGAAGUGGAAACUCUAUUAUUGUCAAUUUCAAUGGCGAGCAAAAUGCUGACCAAGGAAUAUUCUCUUUGAAGGAAGAUUUGACCUCUGUUAUCGGCGAAAUAGUUGAGUAUUUAGUCUCUCAAGGUUUUUACCAACAAUCCUAG